AUGGCCACUCUUCACUACCUUCCACCUGUCAAGCCAUCGGCUAUCGCCCUCGGCAUCGUCUUCAACCAGGUCUCAUCCGUCGCCGUCCUCGCACCUCUGUUCGGUGACACAUACCACAGAGCCAAGGCCGCUGACAGCAAGGAGGAGUUUUUCAAGUCAAAGGAAGCUGCCACAGCUGCCGCCAGCUGGGGUUCGUCCAUUGUCGGAUCCGCAGUGCAGACAUACGGUGUCGCAGCUUUGAUCAAUGCCACUGGUACCCUUAGCUACAAGGGUGCGGCUUACCUCGGCUCGCUGAUCUUCUUUGCAUCUGCUGCUCCAGCUCUCGUUUCUGCUGUCGUAACUGAGAAGAGACCUAUUGACACUGUCGCCGUUGGUGUCGUUACCCGAAUCUUUGAGACUGUUGGCCUCAGUUUGUUCCUGACAUACUGGGGUACCCGAACCAGCGUUUUCGACUAA